UGUCAUGCAAACUCAGAGCAACAAAAAGUGAUGCUCAUCAAAAUUUGAUCUCACUAACUUAAGUCACACAAAAAGAACAACAAUUUUCUAUGAGAUACCAUCAUCAUAUCAAUGGAGAUUAUCAACAACAACAAUAACAAUGGAAUUUCAAGGAGUAAUAGCUCCAACACAUGGAGGAACAAUAGCAUGGAUGUUUUCUCUUCGUCCAAACGGCGCGAAGACGACGAAGAAGCUCUCAAAUGGGCGGCAAUUGAGAGGCUUCCGACGUAUUUGCGCAUUCGGAGAAGCAUGAUAAACAAUUCGGAGGUUGACAUCAAGCACAUGGGAUUAACGGAGAGGAAGAUUCUUCUUGAGAGGCUUGUCAAGAUUGCUGAAGAAGAUAAUGAGAAGUUCUUGUUGAAACUAAGAGAAAGGAUGGAAAGAGUUGGACUUGAUAUUCCAACAAUUGAAGUGAGGUUCGAGCACAUAAAUGUGGAAGCACAAGUUUAUGUUGGAAGAAGAGCAUUGCCUACACUAUUCAACUUCUAUGUGAAUGUUUUAGAGGGGUUCUUCAAUUAUCUCCACAUUAUUCCAAGUCCAAAGAAGCCUUUACACAUCCUUCAGAAUGUUAGUGGAAUCAUAAGGCCCAGAAGAAUGACUCUGUUGUUGGGACCCCCAAGCUCAGGGAAGACCACAUUGCUAUUAGCCUUAGCUGGAAAACUUGGUAAAGAUUUAAAAAAAUCAGGGAGAGUAACAUACAAUGGGCAUGGGGUAGAAGAGUUUGUGGCACAGAGAAGUUCAGCGUAUAUUGGGCAACAUGAUAACCACAUUGGUGAAAUGACUGUUAGAGAAACCCUUGCUUUCUCUGCUAGAUGCCAAGGGGUUGGACACAACUAUGAGAUGCUGAUUGAACUUUUGAGAAGGGAGAAGGAAGCCAAAAUUAAACCAGACACUGACGUUGAUGCUUAUAUGAAGGCAGCAGCACUAGAAGGACAACAAACUAGUGUGGUCACUGACUACAUUCUUAAGAUCUUAGGGCUUGAAGUUUGUGCUGACAUUAUGGUAGGAGAUGGAAUGAUAAGAGGAAUUUCAGGAGGUCAGAAAAAGAGAGUCACUACAGGAGAAAUGCUUGUUGGACCUAUAAAAGUGUUGUUCAUGGAUGAAAUAUCAACUGGUUUGGAUAGUUCGACAACUUUUCAGAUAAUGAAUUCGAUUCGGGAAUCGAUUCAUAUUCUGAACGGAACAGCACUUGUGUCUUUGUUACAGCCAGCACCAGAAACUUAUGAAUUGUUUGAUGAUAUAAUACUUCUAACGGAUGGACAAAUUGUGUAUCAAGGGCCAAGACAAAAUGUGCUUGAGUUCUUUGAAUCAAUGGGAUUCAAGUGUCCUCAAAGAAAAGGAGUUGCUGAUUUCUUACAAGAGGUGACAUCAAGAAAAGAUCAAUGGCAAUAUUGGGCUCUCAAGGAUGAACCAUACAACUUUGUAACUGUCAAGGAUUUUGCUGAAGGCUUCCAAUUAUUCCACAUUGGUCAAAAGCUUGGAGAUGAGUUGGCCAUUCCUUUUGACAAGUCAAAGAGCCAUCCAAGUGCAUUGACCACAAAAAAGUAUGGUGUAAACAAGAAAGAGCUUCUCAAGGCUUGUGCUAGCAGAGAAUUCUUGCUUAUGAAACGAAAUUCCUUUGUCUACAUCUUCAAAGCCAUACAAUUAGUUUAUUUAGCAGUCAUGACAACAACACUAUUUCUAAGACCAAAGAUGCACCGAGAUUCUGUGUUGGAUGGAGGAACUUACUUGGGUGCACUUUUCUUCACAAUCACAGUGGCAAUGUUCAAUGGAAUUGCAGAACUAAACAUGACCAUAAUGAAACUCCCUGUGUUCUACAAGCAAAGGGACCUUCUCUUCUACCCUGCAUGGGCCUAUUCUAUUCCUCCAUGGAUUCUCAAGAUUCCAAUUACACUUGUUGAAGUUUUCCUUUGGGAAGCAAUUUGUUACUAUUCUAUUGGUUUUGAUCCAAAUUUUGGAAGGGUUUUGAAACAGUUCUUGGUAAUCUUCUGCAUCAAUCAGAUGGCGUCUUCGCUGUUUCGGUUGAUGGCAGGACUUGGAAGGGAUGUUAUAGUUGCUAACACUGUUGGUUCAUUUGCAUUGCUCAUAGUUUUGGUCUUGGGAGGAUUUGUCAUUUCAAGAGAGGAUGUGCACAAAUGGUUCUUAUGGGGCUACUGGUCCUCACCACUGAUGUAUGCCCAGAAUGCCAUUGCUGUUAAUGAGUUUCUUGGCCAUAGUUGGAGAAAGGUUCUUCCUGGUACCAAUGAAACUCUGGGAGUAUUGGUUCUCAAAUCUCGUGGACUAUUCACAGAAUCGUAUUGGUUUUGGUUAGGAAUAGGAGCUUUGAUUGGUUAUGUUUUCCUCUUCAAUUUUCUCUUCACCUUGGCUUUGCAAUACCUCAGUCCACUGAGAAAGAAUCAAGCAGGAUUGUCCCAAGAGAAAUUGCUUGAGAGAAAUGCUUCCACUCGUGAAGAGGUCGUUCAAUUAUCGACACGAAAAAGCUCCACCGAAGCUAAGGUUAUAGAAGAAGCAAGCAUUUCAUCCGUCUCUGUAGACAUGCCACAGGAAAUGAAAAAUCAAGGGAUUUUCGAAGAUCGUCUAGAACUUUUGAAGGGUGUUAGCGGCGCUUUUAGGCCAGGAGUACUAACAGCUUUGAUGGGUGUAAGUGGAGCCGGCAAGACUACUCUGAUGGAUGUUUUGGCCGGAAGGAAAACCGGUGGAUAUAUAGAAGGAAGCAUCACAAUCUCUGGUUAUCCUAAGAAUCAAGAAACGUUUGCUCGAAUAUCCGGAUACUGCGAACAAUUUGAUAUCCACUCACCUUAUGUGACAGUCUAUGAAUCUUUGAUGUAUUCAGCAUGGCUUCGUUUACCCCAUGAAGUUGAUCCUUCAACAAGAAAGAUGUUCAUUGAGGAAGUUAUGGAGCUUGUGGAGCUUAACUCAUUGAGGGAAGCACUUGUUGGAUUGCCGGGGGAGACAGGACUUUCGACCGAGCAAAGAAAACGGCUAACAAUUGCAGUUGAGCUUGUAGCCAACCCAUCAAUAAUAUUCAUGGAUGAACCAACCUCUGGCCUUGAUGCCAGAGCAGCUGCAAUUGUAAUGAGAACUGUGAGGAACACGGUCGACACAGGCCGGACCGUGGUUUGCACCAUUCACCAGCCUAGUAUUGACAUAUUUGAUGCCUUUGAUGAGCUGUUACUCUUAAAAUUGGGAGGGGAACAAAUAUAUGCAGGCCCAUUAGGCCGCCAUUGCUCACAAUUGAUUCAAUACUUUGAGGGUAUUGAAGGAGUUCCUAAGAUCAAAGAUGGUUAUAACCCUGCAACAUGGAUGUUGGAAGUUACAUCAGCAGUAACAGAAGCAAAUCUUAAUGUCAACUUCACUAAUGUGUACAGAAGCUCAGAACUACACCGGAGAAAUAAAGAACUGAUCCAAGAACUUAGUGUACCUGUACAAGGUUCAAGAGAUUUAUACUUCGAUACUCAGUAUUCACAGAACUUUCUAACACAAUGCAAAGCAUGCCUAUGGAAACAACAUUUAUCAUAUUGGAGGAACACAUCCUAUACAGCAGUUAGACUGCUAUUCACAGCAAUUAUAGCUCUAGUGUUUGGGGUCAUCUUUUGGGACAUUGGCUUCAAAAGGAGAAAGGAGCAAGAUCUUUUCAAUGCAAUGGGAUCAAUGUAUGCUGCUGUUACCUUCAUUGGAGUGCAAAAUGGUGCCUCAGUGCAACCUAUGAUAGCAGUUGAGAGAACAGUGUUCUACAGAGAAAGAGCUGCUGGAAUGUAUUCAGCUUUGCCAUAUGCUCUUGCACAGGUUAUUAUUGAACUUCCGCAUAUCUUGGUUGAGGCUCUUGUUUAUGGGGUUAUAGUGUAUGCAAUGAUGGGAUUUGAUUGGACAGCAUCAAAGUUCUUGUGGUAUCUAUUCUUCAUGUACUUCACAUUCUUAUAUUACACCUUUUAUGGGAUGAUGACAAUGGCGAUAAGUCCCAACCCACAUGUUGCCGGUAUAUUGUCCGGUGGAUUCUAUGCAAUAUGGAGCCUUUUCUCAGGCUUCAUCAUUCCCUUAUCGAGAAUACCCAUAUGGUGGAAGUGGUGCUAUUGGAUAUGCCCGGUUGCAUGGACACUGAAUGGAUUGGUGACUUCACAAUAUGGAGACAACAUGGACAAACUUGAAAAUGGUCAAAGGAUUAAGGAUUUUGUGGAGAGUUACUUUGGAUUUCACCAUGACUUUCUUGGAGUUGUUGCAAUUGUGGUGGCUGCUUUCUCACUCUUAUUUGCACUCAUUUUUGCAUUUGGCAUCAAGGUAUUCAACUUCCAAAAAAGAUGAUCAAAUUGUAUAUGUGCUCUUUAAUUGAUUGUUUCUAAAAACAAUUUAUAGAAAAUCAAACACACUAGCAUUAUAUAGCAUUGUAUAUUGCCUGACAAAAUUUAUUGCUCCAAUUCCAUAUCCUAGGUUUUCUUUUCUUUGCAA